AUGCAAAUCUUUGUGAAGACCUUUACUGGAAAAACUAUCACCUUGGAAGUUGAGAGUUCUGACACUAUUGAUAAUGUGAAGGCAAAAAUUCAGGAUAAAGAAGGCAUCCCAGGUGAUCAACAGAGACUGAUUUUUGCCGGGAAGCAGCUUGAAGAUGGUCGUACCCUUGCGGAGUAUAAUAUCCAAAAGGAAUCAACGCUUCACUUGGUGCUUCGCCUUCGUGGUGUUGAGAGUUCAGAAACUAUUGAUAAUGUUAAAGCAAAGAUCCAAGACAAAGAAGGCAUUCCACCAGAUCAGCAGAGGCUUAUAUUUGCUGGCAAACAGCUUGAAGAUGGGAGGACCCUUGCUGACUACAAUAUUCAGAAAGAGUCCACCCUUCACUUGGUGCUUCGUUUGAGGGGAGGGAUGCAGAUCUUUGUGAAGACCUUGACUGGAAAAACAAUCACUUUGGAAGUUGAGAAUUCAGACACCAUAGAAAAUGUGAAGGCCAAAAUUCAAGAUAAGGAAGGCAUCCCACCAGAUCAGCAGAGGCUUAUAUUUGCUGGUAAGCAGCUUGAAGAUGGCAGGACCCUUGCUGACUACAAUAUCCAGAAGGAGUCAACUCUUCACCUGGUUUUGCGUCUUCGAGGUGGCAUGCAAAUAUUUGUUAAAACUCUAACUGGAAAGACAAUCACUCUGGAGGUUGAAAGUUCAGACACGAUUGACAAUGUGAAGGCAAAAAUUCAAGACAAGGAAGGAAAAACCAUCACCUUGGAGGUUGAGAGCUUAGACACCAUUGAUAAUGUAAAAGCUAAAAUUCAGGAUAAGGAGGGUAUUCCUCCUGAUCAGCAGAGGUUGAUCUUUGCCGGGAAGCAACUGGAGGAUGGGCGCACCUUGGCUGAUUACAAUAUCCAGAAAGAAUCUACCCUGCAUCUUGUCCUUCGCCUCCGAGGUGGUUUCUGA